AUGCCUAAGAUUGAAAAGGGCCCGGCGCACCGCCUUUCUGUGUCGACCGCAUCGGCCGCAGGCGGAACUCGCAGUUCCUCCUGGUCCGCUAGAGAUGACGAGACGCUCAUUCAGGCCAGGGCUCAAGGCCUCAACUGGAACCAGAUUGGACCGAAGCACUUCCCUUCCAAGACUCCAAAUGCCUGUCGCAAACGGCACGAACGGUUGAUGGAGAGGCAAAAUGCAGAGCAGUGGGACGGCGUGAAGCUGGACGUACUGGCGCAAGCCUAUAUGGAAGUGCGAAGGGACAUGUGGAGCAUGUUGGCUGCCCGAGUUGGAGAGAAAUGGCAAUUGGUAGAGACAAAGUGUAUGGAGAAGGGUCUCAAGAACCUCACUCAGGCCUUUAGGUCGGCACAAAAGAAGCUCGAGAAUGUGUCAUUGCCAGCUGGUUGA